AUGUAUUCACCUUUCAUGUGCUCAUUCUGGUCCCCAGCCACGUUCGACGGCAAGCAGCACCUGCUCAGCCUGCCGGUGGUCAACAGCAUCGGGUACGUGCUGCGCUUCCUGAAGAAGCUCUGCCGCAGCCUGCACUGCGAGAACCUGUUCAGCGACCAGCCCCUCGGCCCGCACAGUGGGGGGUCCUACCACUCUGACGAAACCUCCAUGACGGAGGAGUACCACAUGGACCAGUCCGAGGCCAAGCGCUACUCUGUGGACCCCGGGGACUCCGCCUUCAACUCCAUAAGCUCCUCCUACUCGCCAAAGUCCUCCUACGGCUUCCGUGGCCCAUCACAGCAGUUCUCCGGCGGCGCGCGGCAGUCGGCCAGCAGCCCCUCCUCCUUCCAGGAGAACAACCGGACAGCCUACGGGGGCCCCAGGAGGCCCAGACACUAAGGGCCCGCCCCAGAAGGACCCGUCGUCCUGGUCCGUGGAGGACGUGGUCUGGUUCAUCCGGGAGGCGGACCCCCACGCGCUGGGGCCCCACGCGGACCUCUUCAGGAAACACGAGAUCGACGGGAACGCCCUGCUCCUGCUGAAGAGCGACAUGAUCAUGAAGUACCUGGCCUGAAGCUGGGCCCCGCCCUCAAACUGUGCUACCACAUCGACAAACUAAAGCAGACCAAGCUCUAGAGUACGCAGGAGCAAUCAGCGGCCACGGACACGAGGGGCGGAGAGGGCCACCGGGGCAGGGGCGGAGAGGGCCACCGGGGCAAGGGUGGAGGAGAACGUCCACCGCCAUCAGGGUGGAGCCUCCACCUCAACACUGGUGUUAUGCUGUGGUUUGUUCCGCACACGUUAUGCAGCAGUACAUACAGUACAACCAUACAUGUAUCUAUAUGCAUAUAUAGAUAUAGAUAUGUAUACACACGUUAACAAAGAUUAAUCAGCUGUGGAAUCACAAAGGAGUUUAUUUGACUCAUGUUGGACUGAAUGCCCCAGCGUGUUAAUUUAUCUAUUUAUCUUAUUAUGAUUCAAAAACAGUAUAAAGGCAUAAAGUUAACCGACCUAUAAGAGACUUUAGGAUUGUUUCAUUUUUAUACUGACUUAUUUCCUCACAUUACUAUUUAUUGUAAAAAAUCCGAAACAAAAAAAGUGAAUGGUGCAUUUUUUAAAUGUAUUCUAAUUAGUUUGACUAUCAUUUCAAACAUAAAACAAUAUAAUCUAAGAUCAGAACGUACAGAUAGUGUGUACAUAUACUGCAUAGAGGGUCAGAGUCUCUCUUGAUGUGGGGGGGGGGGGAAUGCAUUGAGAUGCAAUUGUGUCAUUAUGUAUAUGGUCAAUAUGCAACGUCCUUUUUAUGAUAGCCUCUUUGUGUAUCGGCUACUCCACCAGCCCAUCUAAUGGUUUUGGUUACGUGUCUUUUUUUUAGGUUUUUAACAAGCAUCAGUGUUUCAACUGAGAUGCAGGCCCACAGAGGCCCCAGCAACACCGAUUUUACACAGAGAAAAAAAACACAAAUGGCCAAUACAGAUGUCCUUCACUGCUUAUGCAUAACGUUUCCGGGGUACAGCACCAUACAUCCUUUUGUAAUCCACUGACCUUUGUAAGUGAAUGCUGCUGUAUUAAAGUCAAUGUUAGCCAGGCCUAUAUAGUGAGCUCAAGCUUAGGUCUUUUAUUUUGAAAAAACAUUAAGAAUCCGAUAGCUCUACUGGUGCUAAAGUUAUCGCUGUAUCUAAACUGUAUGCUUUUGUGUUUGUGAGAUGUAAAUAAAAUCACUGUACUGUAUGUGUGUAUUCAAUUAACCAAA